CAGUUUCAACCCCUUCAACUCUGUCCCGCCCGCUCCUCACACCAUUCCUUCCUUCCUCCCUCCCUCCCCAUCAGUCGGUCAGUCAGUCAGUCCCACCGAUGGCUUCUCUCGCAACCUCCGUCGGGGUGUCCGAAAUGUUCGGCAACCCCCUCAGCUUCACUGCUGCAUCUAGGUCUGCUCCUACGCCUUCCAGCCCAGCCACCUUCAAGACUGUGGCUCUUUUCUCCAAGAAGAAGGCGGCCCCCAAGGCCAAGCCGGCUCCAGUCUCCUCCGCCGACGAGGAGCUCGCCAAGUGGUAUGGGCCUGACAGGAGAAUCUUCUUGCCCGAGGGGCUAUUGGACCGAUCAGAGAUCCCCGAAUACCUGACAGGAGAAGUGCCUGGAGACUAUGGGUACGAUCCGUUUGGUCUCAGCAAAAAACCUGAAGACUUUGCCAAAUAUCAAGCCUAUGAGCUGAUUCACGCCCGAUGGGCCAUGCUUGGUGCUGCUGGUUUUGUAAUCCCUGAGGCCUUCAACAAGUUUGGAGCCAAUUGUGGCCCUGAAGCUGUUUGGUUUAAGACUGGUGCUCUGCUUCUUGACGGGAACACACUGAAUUAUUUUGGAAAGAACAUCCCCAUUAAUCUUGUUGUUGCUGUGGUAGCUGAGGUUGUGCUCGUUGGGGGUGCAGAGUAUUACAGAAUUAUAAAUGGCUUGGAUCUGGAGGACAAACUGCACCCUGGUGGUCCUUUCGAUCCAUUGGGACUUGCAAAAGACCCAGACCAGGCUGCACUCUUGAAAGUCAAGGAGAUUAAGAAUGGCAGACUAGCCAUGUUCGCAAUGCUUGGCUUCUUCCUGCAGGCUUAUGUCACCGGGCAAGGCCCCGUUGAAAACCUUGCAGCACACUUGAGUGAUCCUUUUGGCAACAAUUUGCUCACUAUCAUUGCCGGAUCAGCCGAGAGAGUUCCUACUCUGUAAUUUCUGUAUAUGUACAUCUUGUGAAAUUUGUAUGGACGAAAUGCGAUUCAACUGGGUGCAGUCAGGCAAUGUCAAUGUUAUUGGAAUACUAAACGAUUCUGCUACAAGAGAUAAGUAACAACUGAGGAUAUGUAUGGCCGUGUGUUUAAAUUUUGACGACUCGGUAGAGUACCACAUUCCUAUC